AUGAAGGUCUUGCUGGUCCAUUUGCUGAUUAUCGGCGCAGCGCUGUGCUCACCCCGAUUGGACCCACUGGUGGACACCAAGAAAGGUCUGAUCAGAGGCCUGCAGGCUUCCGAUGGAGACUAUGCCAUGUUCCUGGGCAUUCCCUACGCCAGGGUCAAUGAGAGCAAUCCAUUUGGGCCAUCGCACCCGUACCCAGACUUCGAAGAAGUCUUCGAGGCUUACGAUGACACCGCUGUAUGCCCGCAAAUCGAGGAGUUUUCCAACGAGAUAGUCGGAUCGCUCGACUGUCUCCACUUGAACAUCUACGUACCCAACAAGGCGACCACCAGAAACCGUCUGCCGGUGCUGGUCUGGAUCUACGGGGGCGGCUUUCAGAUCGGCUACGCCGGUCGCUUUCUGUACGGGCCCAAAUACUUGGUGAGGAACGACGUCAUCCUCGUCACCCUCAACUAUAGAGUGGGUCCGUACGGUUUCAUGUGCCUGGACACGGCGGACGUGCCCGGCAACCAAGGUCUGAAGGACCAGCUGACCGCUUUGAGAUGGGUCAAAGACAACAUAGAUGCGUUCGGCGGUGAUGUCAACAAGGUGACAAUCUUUGGUGAGAGCGCUGGCGGUGCGUCCGUUGACUUCCACCUGCUGUCUACGAAAGAGAAGCUCUUCGAUAAAGCUAUAUUGCAGAGCGGGACAACGCUCUGCCCGUGGGUGAUGGAAGACAGCGACAGCAAAAAUCAAGCACCGAUAAAGAUCGCUGAGCGUCUAGGGUUGGACACGGAUAGCACGGACGACGCCCUGGAGUUUUUGACGACGGUGAAACCUGAACUGGUUAUAGCAGCAUCCUCGGAAAUACCUCUGAACUUUUUACCUUGCGUCGAGAAGGAGUUCGAGGGCGUGGAGCGGUUCAUCGCGGUGCAUCCGAUCAACGGAGCGGCACCGAAGGCGAGGAGCGUACCGAUUCUGGCCGGCUACAACAGCAACGAGAUGCUGGAAAUCGCCGGAAAAAAGCCCGCAGAAAGCUAUCAAGAUUCGGACGUGUUCCACGAGUACUUGACGCACAUAUUCGACCUGAGCGAGGACGGGGAGCUGGAGACGAUUGUGCGCCAGUUUUACAUCGGCGACGAGGAUAUAAGCGUAGAUCUGAAACGGGAGCUGAUAAAUUUCGAGUCAGACUUAAGUUUCAACCAUCCGGUACACAGAAGCGUGCAAAAGUACUUGGCUAACGCGGGAAGAGUCUACCAUUAUCUCUUCUCGUACUCCGGCAACAGAAAUUUCGUAAAGUACAUGAAAAAUAUAACAGACGAUGGCGCGGCCCACGCUGACGAAAUUGGUUAUCUGUUUGACAUGACACUGCUCUCUGAGGAUCCUUCAGAGGAGGACCAGCUCGUCAUAGACAGGAUGACUACAAUGUGGACGAACUUCGUAAAGUAUGGGGAUCCAACGCCGGAGACGUCCGAUCUGCUGCCCGUGAAAUGGGUACCCGCAACCGCUGAAAAAUUGAACUACUUGAACAUCGACAGCGACCUGACCCUCAGGAGGAGACCCUUCCACGAUCGGAUGGCCUUCUUGGACCUCUUCUUCGAAAUGAACAAGAAUUUGCUCCGGGGAUACGAUGGCGGCAACGAA